GGCGCAGCCCGGGACCUGUCCCCAGCAGAAGGGGUCCAGCCAGUGUCGACAACCUUCAUUUACCAUUAUCUAGCUGCUUUUUGCGACAGGCGCCGCGUGUGUGAUAAUUCUUCCACUAUGAGGGCCUCCCCGGCCGUCAGAUAUCCUUGGUCCAAAUUGCAUCUUCCGCUCCCCCGCACCCCUCGUCAGUCCGAGCAACUCCUCAAUGCCAUCACAUCCUCCUUCCGUCGCCAGCUCGACCGUGAAUAUCCGACCAACAACCCUUCUACAUCCGACCGUAAUGGAGCUGCUGCCGAGCAUCCACCAGAAAGUUCCCAUUCGUCUGCUCAUGCGACUGAUAGACUUCUCCACAACAUCUUGGACAACCCGCUUUUCCGGGUGGCCCCCUCGGCCUCACCCAUCUCUAGUAAUGCGUCAGGCAUGCGCGAUGCGAAACAAAGAAGAAUGUUGACGGAGCCCAUGGUGGUAUUCGACGAAUUGGCGGCGGCAGGACAUGUCACUAAAGGCGACCUUCUCCAAUGCUUGCAGUAUCAGUUAAUGCUUGCAAGAGGUACCGGCGAUGACUUUGUCAAGGCCAUGAAAGAUUCCAAAGCAGGGACCAAAGUUGUCAACUGGUGGCUUGCGUCGGGUUGGCGAGAUCGGUUGAAGAUAUUUGAUCAUCGACAGACGUCUGCCACCUUGGUGAAGUUCAUGGUUGCGGAGGGCAUGCAAGAUACUGUUUUGACCUGGUUAGAAAUGUUGGCCAAUGCCGAUCUUCGGGCCUUCAAUGGCCAUAUCAGCCGAAGCCUCGCCGAGCGUGUCGCUAGAAACCUUCUGACAGAUUUUCUUGCCGCUGAGAAUCAAUAUGGAGGUGGCUUGUCCUCCGCUAUGCGGUACUACGUGCAGGUAGGAGAUAUGUAUUUUUCCAUGGAGGAUCUGCAUAACAGACGUGACACGAAAAACCUUCUUCGACACGCCGGUAAAUAUCUGUUCCAGCAGGUCAGUCGGGAAGUACCGAAUGAUGAUAACGUGGUGUCUGCAUCUGUCUAUGAAGAAUACGCCAGGGUGAUUGCUACCGUGUGUACGGACUUUGUCACUGCCUCAGUGGCUCUCUACCACCCCACAGUACCCGACCCGAAGCCCUUUCUUCGGUAUGUGUAUAAUAAGGAUAUGCCCACGUUGCAGACAUGGCCGGUUGGCCUACGAGAGGUAUUUGUGCGCAGUGGCUCGGUCGCGCUCCGUCUUUUGAUGGACCAGGGGAAGCGGGGAGAUGCCACAUGGCUGGCAGGUAUCCUGCAGCACGUGUCAGACACGGAUAAAGCGAAGGUCGAACAUGAAGCAUCCGCAGAUGAAAAGGCUUUGCUUUCUCGACUACUUCGAGUAGACAUGGCGUGGACCUGAUUGAUGUAACCGUUCUUCU